AUGACGGACUGUUACGAUGAAUUCAAUCUCGAAGAUUACGCAGAUGUGGAGCCCUUGCCCAUUGUCACUGGGCUGAAGGACGAGUUGUGCCAGAUCAUGUACUCUGAGGAGUACAAGCAGCUGAUGGGGCUGAUGCGGGCAUUCUUGAGCAGUAAUGAACUCACACCAAGGGCCAUGCGGCUCACCGCAAGGGUUAUCGCCGUCGCACCUGCUUUCUACACGGCCUGGAACUAUCGUUUCAACAUUGUGGUUGCGAUUGCAAAAGACCGACUAGACCAAGAGUUCCAGUGGCUGGACGAGGUGACGUUGAAUAACCCCAAAAACUACCAGAUAUGGUCAUACAGACAAGCGUUGGUGGAGAAUCUGGGGCAGGACCUGACGCUGAGGGGCGACUUGCCCAUCAUGGACAUGAUGCUCGACGACGACACAAAGAACUAUCAUGUCUGGUCGUACCGGAAGUGGGCUGUCCUACAUUUCAAAGACUUCACACACGAACUAUCCUUCGUGGACAAGCUCAUCGAUAGAGACGUUUACAACAACAGCGCCUGGAACCACAGAAUGUUCUACAUGAAAAACGUAUCGCCGGACGACCGUACCAUCGACGAGGAGAUCACUUACACUAAAAAUAAAAUCGAGUUGGUCCCACAAAAUAUUAGCUCAUGGAACUACUUGCGCGGCCUAUAUGACCACUUCAAGCCGGAGACGGGUCACAAAGGUGAACUCUUAAAGUUUGCCGGUGGAUUUAUCGACGCUCUCGACUUGAACGCUACGGCUGACUCUGCAGAGUCAUUGCCAGAAAUCGAAUCAUCGUAUGCACUGGAAUUUCUCGCCUCAGAGUAUGCCACAGAGGGACAAUUGCAACGGGCCAAGAAUGCCUACCAGUGUCUGGCGUUAAAAUAUGACCCGAUACGGGGGAGUUUCUGGAACUAUAAGAUCACCACCUUGGAGGCGUGA